AUGCACAUUUGCGCCGUUGGCCGGAACAUUAAAGCUGCAGCUAUGCUAAACAGAGCCAUAUUCGGACUAUUACUACUAGUCGCGCUGAGUACAGCGCUAGUGUUUGCUGAAGCGCAGGCAGCUGAGGAGACUGUCGACUCUUUACCAUUGAAAAAGGCGCAAUACUGUACCACCGACAAAUGUCAGCUACCCGAUUGCCGUUGCUCAGGUUUGCGCUUGCCUAGCGCCGAGUUCCGCGGACAUGAAAAGGAAAUACCACAGCUCAUUACGGUUACGUUCGAUGAUGCAGUGAAUGUGAUCAACUACGAACAGUAUCAGCAACUCUUCGACGGACUCAACAAUCCGGAUAACUGCAGCGCACAAGGCACUUUCUUUGUCUCACACGAGUACACCGAUUAUACGCUGGUGAAUGCGCUCUAUCAGCAGGGUCACGAGAUUGCUUUGCACUCGGUUACACACGGCUCGGGCACGGGCACGGAUUAUUGGCGUGAGGCUGAUGUGGAGCGCUUGAUGGCUGAAUUUGGUCAGCAGAUGGAAAUGUUGGAGAAAUUUGCAAAAGUUAAUCGCACAGACAUCAAAGGCAUGCGUUUACCCUUCCUGCAGAUGGCGGGCAAUAACAGCUUCGAGGCUGCCAAGCGUUUGGGUUUGCUGUACGAUAGUUCAUGGCCGACGCAACGCUAUCGCAAUCCGGCUAUGUGGCCCUAUACGCUUGACUAUCGUUCGGUGCAAGAUUGUCAGAUUGGCUCAUGCCCGAAUGCGGCUAUUCCUGGAUUUUGGGUUAAUCCAAUGGUUUCGUGGGUUGAUACAGCCGGCUAUAGUUGUGCGAUGCUUGAUGGCUGUAUAUACCAGCCAAAGGAUCAGGUGGAUACGCUGUUCAAUUGGAUGCUGGAGAAUUUCGAUAGGCACUACGAAGGCAAUCGUGCACCGUUUGGCAUGUAUUUGCAUGCAGCCUGGUUCCAGCGGGGGCAACACCAUUUUGAAGCGUUGAGGAAAUUUCUACGCCAUGUGAACACACUGCCCGAUGUCUACUUGACCACCGGCUCACGCGUCAUAGAAUACAUGCAGCACCCCAGCCUGGGCAAACCAUUCAACGGCUGUCCAAAGAAACCGCAAACAACAUGCGUAAAGCACAAUUGUGGACUCAGAAAGGUGGAGAGCGGCGAGAUACGUUACAUGAAAGUGUGCGAUAGCUGCCCCGAAGUAUACCCUUGGCUAGGCAAUCCACUUGGGCUGGCGGAAUAUUAAAACG